AUGGGUUCAAUUCAAAAUAUUGUAUAUUAUUGCUGUGUAUUGAAGGGGGGUCGAGUUUUGUACGCCUAUAAUGGUGCUGACCAUGAAAUUGAGAACUUGGCUGCAUUGUGCUUAGAGAUGACUCCUCCCUAUCACGGAUGGUAUUUUCAGACCAUGAAUAAAAAAACUUUUGGGUUCCUGAUGGAGGAUGGCGAUGUGUAUAUAGUGAAGGAGAAUCUUGGCAACCCAAGAGUUCUUCGGUUUCUAGAAAAUUUGGAGGAUGAAUUUAGGUUGGUGGCCAAAAGAGGUUCGAACAGAAGCAUGUCUAAUCUGAAUUCUGUGUGUUUACAAGAACAAUUGGUGUCGGCUAUAUAA